AUGUGGUCACGCAGGUGGCCGGAGCACGAGCGGCAGGUGGGCUCUCUGGCCCAGGAGCUGGGCUUCCGCCAGGUCUCUCUCUCCUCAGAGGUGAUGCCCAUGGUGCGGGCCGUGCCCCGGGGAUACACCGCCUGCGCAGACGCCUACCUGACCCCCUGCAUCCGCCGCUACCUGGACAGCUUCCGGGAGGGGUUCGCCUCCCAACUGAAGGGCAUUCCAGUGAUGUUCAUGCGCUCAGAUGGAGGCCUGACCCCAAUGGAGGCCUUCAGCGGCUCAAGAGCCAUCCUCUCUGGCCCAGCCGGCGGAGUCGUGGGCUACGCUGUCACCACCUUCCGCCGAGAGAAGGACCAGCAGCCAGUCAUUGGCUUUGACAUGGGAGGGACGUCUACAGAUGUGAGCCGCUACGCCGGGGAGUAUGAGCAUGUCUUCGAGGCCAGCACCGCCGGCAUCAGCAUCCAGGCCCCACAGCUGGACAUCAACACGGUGGCUGCGGGUGGAGGGUCACGGCUCUUCUUCAGGUCCGGCCUCUUUGCAGUGGGUCCCGAGUCGGCCGGCGCCCACCCUGGACCCUCCUGCUAUCGGAAGGGGGGUCCACUGACCGUGACAGAUGCCAACCUCUGUCUGGGCCGUCUGUUACCCGCGCACUUCCCCCACAUCUUCGGCCCCAACGAGGACCUGCCCCUCUCGCGGGAGGACGCCCUCCGCGGCUUCAAGGAGAUGACCGACAACGUCAACACCUUCCUGGCCAAUGACGAGAGGCCGCCGCUCAGCCUCGAGGAGGUGGCCAUGGGCUUUGUGCGGGUGGCCAAUGAGGCCAUGUGCCGGCCCAUCCGCGCCUUGACCCAGGCCCGGGGCCAUGACACCUCUCGGCACGUGCUGGCUUGCUUUGGCGGAGCGGGGGGCCAGCACGCUUGUGCCAUUGCCCGGGCGCUGGGCAUGAGCAAGGUCUUCAUCCACAAGUACAGUGGGAUCCUCUCGGCAUAUGGCCUGGCACUGGCGGACGUGGUCCAUGAGGCCCAGGAGCCCUGCGCUCUUGCCUACACCCCCGAGGCCUUUGACCAGCUGGACCAGCGGAUUGCUGCCUUGGAGGAGGUCUGCCUGAAGGAACUGGAGGCCCAGGGCUUUGCCAGGUCCCAGAUCGGCACGGAGACCUUCCUGCACCUGCGCUACGAGCGGACGGACUGUGCCCUCAUGUGCUCCGCCAGGGGCCACCCGCCCACUCUGGGGUCCUGUCGACGAGGGGACUUUGGGGCUGCCUUUGCUGCCAAGUACCAGCAGGAAUUCGGCUUCACCAUUCCCAACCGGGCCAUUUUGGUGGAUGACAUCAGGGUCCGGGGCACCGCCAGUUCCGGGCUGGGGCAGGAGGAGCCUGUGCCGGCCAGCAAAGGACCACCCCGCAUGGAAACAGUGACUCGCUGCUACUUCGAGGGGGGCUACCUGGAGACGGGGGUCUACCUGCUGGAGGGCCUCACCUGGGGCCACUCCGUCCCGGGGCCCAGCCUCCUCAUCGACAAGAACAGCACCAUCCUGGUGGAGCCCGGCUGCAGGGCUUCCAUCACUCGCCGUGGGGACAUCUGCAUUGAGGUGGGCUCUGGGGCCCAGUGGGCAGUGGGGCCUCAGGUGGACCCCAUCCAGCUCUCCAUCUUCUCCCACCGCUUCAUGAGCAUUGCAGAGCAGAUGGGGCGCGUCCUCCAGCGCACGGCCAUCUCCACCAACAUCAAGGAGCGCCUGGACUUCUCCUGCGCGCUCUUUGGGCCGGGCGGGGGCCUGGUCUCCAACGCCCCCCACAUCCCGGUCCACCUGGGCGCCAUGCAGGAGACCAUCCAGUUCCAGAUCCGGAACCUGGGCCCGGAGAUCCAGGAGGGGGACGUAAUCCUGAGCAACCACCCCUGUGCCGGGGGCAGCCACCUCCCAGACCUGACCGUCAUCACUCCGGUCUUCUGGCCGGGGGAGGCCAGGCCGGUCUUCUUCGUGGCCAGCCGGGGUCACCACGCGGACAUUGGGGGGAUCACGCCGGGCUCCAUGCCCCCACACUCCCGGUCCUUGCAAGAGGAAGGCGCCGUCUUCGUGUCCUUCAAGCUGGUCAAGGGGGGCGUCUUCCAAGAGGAAGCCGUGACAGAGGCCCUGAUGGCUCCCGGCCGCAUCCCCGGCAGCAGCGGCACUCGCAAUCUGCAGGACAACCUCUCUGACCUUCGGGCCCAAGUGGCCGCCAACCAGAAGGGGAUCCAGCUGGUCAGCGACCUGAUUGGCCAGUACAGCCUGGAGGUGGUGCAGGCCUACAUGGCCCACAUCCAGGUGAGGGAGCAGGAAGCCUUCUCCAGGUAUUGCAUUCAGGGGUGA